AUGGAACUAUAUAAACAAGUUAAUAACUACUUUAAUGAAGUUAGUUUUAUCGAUUGGAAUAUUAUUGAAUGUCUAUACAGUAUCAAAAAUCCAACAUUCACAUCUGCAAAUAUAGAUGAAGUUGCAGAUGUUAUAAAAGAAGUAAUAAGAAAUCAUCUCCAAUCAAAUGCAUUAUUAGCAAAUGCAAAAAGGAAAUUAGAACAUCUUGAAUCUACUUUUGAUGAUACUUGGAGAUGUUCUGAAGUUCAUCAGUACUUUGUUCAAUUGGACCUAUCUCAUGAAGUGCUAAAUAAUGGUCAUACACGAGAUCUUGACAAUUCAUAUUCCGAAAAACGUCUACUACCUGAACCCGAAAAUAUUCGUCGUGAAGAAUUGUUUGAUCAUGAAGUUAGUGAAGAAGAUCAUGAAGAGUUGUUGGAUUAUGAAGCACAAGUAUCUGAAGAAGAAAUUUCAACAGAACAGGCUAUGGCUGAUCCCACUACGGAUUGGAUUUUAUCGACUAGGAAAAAUGUUAGUGAAAUAUUAUCAGCAUAUCGAGAGAAAAUUCCUUUUAAUAAGGCGUAUCUAUACCCUGCCUAUUUCGGAAUUUUGAAUCUUUCUGAAGAAGAUGUUGAAGUGCCUCUCUAUGAGUUGAUGAACGAAAUCACAGAGAAACUAGAAAAGAAACCCUCUGAUUUAAUUACUGAAAUCGAAAGUUGUGUAAUUGAAAAUAAUACGAAAGUAAAUACAAUUCGGCGUCUUAUUCAGAUAUAUGCCUACCAUUUACAACAUUUACGUCUUCCGAUGUCCGAAGCUGCAUUUGGUAGCAAUUUUACGAAUAUGAUUACGAAAGGAAUAUUAACCUUCAAUUCAAUUUAUCACUAUGAGAAAGGAGAGAUUCAGAGUCUUGCUUCAUCGGUAAUCACCAACAUGAGAACAAAACCUACCGACAGAAGCUUAAUUGGGCAAAAAGUAGAUUUCAGAAUCAGUAAAGAUCAAUUCGAAAUGCUAAUUGGAUUGCGAUCAGGUGGUCUUCCUUCGGCGGCAAAAAGUAGAAAAUGGAUUGACAAAGUGGAUUUAGCAGUCGCAUUACAAGAUGUGUUGUUAAACGAAGGAAUAGAGAAUAAUGGCGUAGAACCGAACAAGUUUCAUAAUCUGUUUACUCUUGAAGUUCAUACAUUUA